GAGCUACCUAUAACAGAGUGGCAAUUGGGGCGAGAACUGCAGACACGUAUUUAUUUAUAUUAGAUGUUUUUUUAUAUCAAUUCAAUUGUGCCUAAAUUAAGUAGUCAACGCAGUAAACAACAAGCGCAGCAGCUGGCCCACAAUGUUUGCCAAUCUGAAAAAUAAACUCAUCGAGGAGGUGAAAGCGUCGCCGUCCAAAUUCCAACAAUUUGCAAAUGCAGCCCAGGCCGCCGUGAGCUCAUCGUCCAGCACAACAACACCGAACAGCUCGGAGAAUACCGAUACCGGCACUAAUGAGAAUUUCUUUAGCAUCACGGAAGAGGAUACGCCACAAAACUCUCCCUACCGCAUACAAAAGUUGCCGCGCGGUGGGCGUGCAUCUACACAGUCACUGAAUGGCAUGGGAAGCGGCGCUAUACCACGCACUCGCAAGCUCUCCAACUCGUCCAUGGCCAGCGAUGUGUCGUUCCGUUUGCCUACAUAUGAUGCGCCAGCGACGUAUCACUUGCAGUCAGAUUUGGACGAGACGAGCAGUGAGUUUGACGAUUCCGCAUCGACGGCACGUCUGGAUGUUAUCACUAAGGAUCAGCUCUACGAUGCAUACAAGAAGUCGCUGGAUCGUUAUCACAAAUACCGCUGCCGCUACACAGAUCUAGCUAAAAAGUAUAGGGAACUGGAGCGAGACAGUAGCAAGGCGCGGUCUGUGCUUGUUGAGACUCAGGACAAGGCGCUGCGUCGCAUUAGCGAGCUACGUGAACAAUGUUCUCUGGAACAACAGGCCAAGGCGCAUUUGGAGGAGGCUCUGCGCAUCGAAAUGGACGAUAUGAGCUGUAAGAUGCAGGCCUACCAGACCAAGCUGAAGCUAUUAGGUGAGAAUCCGGACAAUGUGACAGCUGCGCUCGAGCGUGGUCAGGUGGACACUGCCGACAAGCUGAUCGAUCUUGAGGAGCCAAUAAUAACACCAGUUGCGGCGCCAACUGCAAAUGGCAGUCAGCCCGCACAGGAGCUAGACGCAGAUCUCGCAAACCUACGCCAAUUGUUGGUCGAGCAAGAAACGCAGUUAAAGCAGCUGACUAAAAACAAUGAGGAGGCUAACGAUACAAUUGCUGCGUUACGCAAGCAGGAAGAGGAAAAUGUAUUUCUGCUGGCACAGACCAAACAAGCUAUACACACGGAGCUAGAGCACAAGGAAACUGAAGUGCGCCAGCUGCAAGACACGGUAAAGCAACUUGAGACUGAACUGGAAAUUGCCAAUGGUAGAGAAACACAGUCAGGUGACAUUAAGGAGCAGCUCAAGAAAUUACAAAUCGCAAAACAGGAAGUAGAGGCUAAACUUAUUGCAUCGGAGCAUGUUCUAAGCACACUAAGAGAGCAGCACACCGAAAAGGAGCAACAGUUGGCUGCUGAGCACAAGAAAACUGCGUCUGAAUUGGCACUCAAGGAGAAGGAGAUACAACAACUACAAGACAAGUUGAAGCAGCAAGAAGUUGAGCUCGAACAGGCUAAUAAUGGUAACAUCGAGGCAAAUGACAUAAAGGAGCAGCUGAAGGCUGUACAAAAUGCCAAACAGGAAGCAGAAGCAAAACUUUCUGCAACCGAACUAGAAUUAAAUUCACUGAAAACUAAACUCACAGAAAAGAAUCAACAGGUGGCGGAGCAGUUGGAAAAAGCCAAUUCUGAACUUGAGCAAAAAGAAAUCAAAUUGCAGCAGUUGAAUAAAAAGCUGAAGCAACAACAAAUCGAACUCGAGCUGGUCAGCAGUCAAGAAGCUCAAAAUGGCUAUGUGAAAGAACAAUUAUUGCUGCUGCAAAAUGCCAAACAGGAAGCGGAUGCUCAGCUACUAAUAGCGGAGCAGCAGUUGAAUAAACUUAGAUUAGAAUACACGGCAAAGGAGCAACAGAACGCUGAGCAGGAGAAGGAACACCAAUCCAGGCAGGAGCAAAAUCAAAAUGAAGUGCGACAACUGCAGGAAAAACUUUUAAAGCUAGAAUCUGAAUUGGAAUCGUCCAAGUCUCAUAUAACAGAAGCCAGUGACCUUAAAGAACAACUGCAGAAAUCCAAACAAGUAGCAGAUGCCAAGCUAUUGGCAUUGGAGGAACAGCUAAACAGUCUGAGAAAUGAGAAUGCGGAAAAGGUGCAACAAGUGGAGGCACUGCAAGAGCAACUUCGCAUGCUGAAAACGGACAGCGAGCAAAGUUUGCAAGACUUGCGUUUGCAUAAUAAUCAGCUAAAUGAAAUUGUGCAACGCAACCAGCAGAACGAAAUAACUUUGAUAGAGGUGCAGAGUCAACUAGAAGACGCCAGAGCACGACUGGUGGAGCAAGAGCAGCGCGUGAUUGAAACCGAAAAGAGUCUCGAAGGUGAACAGGAAACGGUAGCCGCAUUAAGUAUUGAGAAAUCAGCUGCGGAAGAACAAACACUCAAAUUGCAACGUGAGCUGCAAGUACUAAGCGAGCAAUAUGCCAGCAGCACGAACAGUGAGUCGGAGGCGAUAGCAUCUUUGAGGUUGCAGAUUGAAACACUCAAUGAACAGCUGACCAAUGCUCAAUCUGGCGCACUGGCCAAGGAGAAGGAGCUCAAGGCCAGCGGCAACAAGCUGAACAAGCUUAAAAAACAACACGAGCAGCUGCAGGCAAAACACAGCGAGCAAGCAACCAGCAUAGAGCAGCUCAAGGCGGAGUUGGCGAAUGUUGAGGAGUUGCGAAGAGAGAAGCAGGAACUGCAAGAGCGCGUCAAUGUUAUACUCGAGGAGAUCACAACGAUGCAGACACAUCUGCAGGAAGUGCAGAGUGCGCAGACACAGCUACAGAGCGAGAAACAGAAGCUGGAAACACACAUUGAGGCCCUGCAGCAGCAACAACAGCAGCAGAAUGCACAGGGCGAGCAGUCGACGGCCCGACUCGAAGAGAUUGAGCGCGAGAACAGCAAAUUGGCCGAGCACAACUGUCUGCUACAGGAGCAGAAUAAUCAUUUGCAGAAGCAACAGGAUGAGCUUACCAAGCUGCAGACGAAAAUGCAACAGGUGCUCGAUGAGCAUUCCAAGCUGCAAAAUGCCCAAGAGAUUAUGGAGCACGAUCAUCGCACGCUGCAGGACAAAUGUGACGCGUUCGAAAAAGAAAAUCUUCUAGCGAAAGAUGAGCUCAACUGCUUGCAGCAAACAAAGUCUGCUCUGGAAUCAGAGAGGAGUACUUUGCAGCUCGACUUGGAUCAAGUGCAACAGCAACUUUCAGAGUUUCGCGAACGACAACGCGAACUUGAUCAGCAGCUGGAAGAGCAGACACAGCGUUGCUCGGAGCUGGAGGGCAGCAACGAGCAGUUGCCGGCUCUGCAGGCAACUGUUCACAAUUUACGCGAGCAAUUGGAGUCGUUUAACGAGAGGGAACAGGCGAUGCUAGAAAAAGCUCAAGCUACCAGCGUAACUCAUGCAGCCCAGCUGGAAACGUUAGAAGCGCGUUGGAGUGCGGCCAAUGGCGACGUUCACCGUUUGCAAGAAUCGAAUGAUGUGCUCCAGAAGGAAAUCGAGACACUAAGGAGCUCCACGCAUAAGAAAUCUGAAUUCGAACAACUUGAAAUUGAGAAUGAAUAUCUAAACAAGCACGCCAAACAGUUGGAAAAGGAACUCGCAUUGGCACUGGCUACUCACGGCGACAACGGCGAGAAACUGAAGUCGCUGCAGUGUGAGCUCUACGUACUGCAGGAGCAGGUUGAACAGCAUACCAGUCAGCUGGCGGAGAAGGACUCAGAAGCCGCAUUAGCUAAAGCGGAGGCAGUGCAACUGAAGUUGUCGCUGGAAGAGCAGACCCUAGAGUUGACGCGUCAGACUGAGCACGCCAAAUUUGUUAGCGAACAGAACGAUACGGUGCAAAAGGAACUGAUGCACACUCAACAACAAUUGCAGGAGCGUCAAGCUGAACUGUCCAAAACGCAGGAACAACGCGACAGUCUGGAGGAGCAACUGAACAAGAUUAAAAGUGAACAGGAGCAGGCACCAGCAGUGCUGUCAAAUGAUUCAGAGCAUCUACGCAGCCUCAACGAACAGUUACAGCGCGAGCUGGAGGAUUUAAAGCACAAAACCAAUGGAGAGCAGACGAAUCUGCAGCAGGAAAUUGAUGAGCUACAAUCCAACAAUAAGGAAAUGACUGAACGCAUCACGGAACUGGAAACACAACGAGCUGACAUACAGGCCCAACAGCUGCUGGCCAGCUUGGCACCCAAGAGUGUUCAGGAGGUGGCUGCCAUCGACGAGAAGGCACAACUUGAGGCAAAGCUUAAAGACAUCAUGAACGAGGUGCAGGACGUGACAAACCGAAAUCUUUUCCUGGAACAAAAGUGUGAAAACUUUCUGAUACUCGAGCAAUCCAAUGAGCGCCUCAAACUGCAAAACGCAAAAUUGUCGCGGCAAUUGGAUGAAACACUGGUAUCCAUGCAGCAUAGCGAUAACGUUCCACCUAACACGGAAUUCGAAUAUCUGCGUAACAUCAUGUUCCAGUAUUUAACGGGCAAUACGAAUAAUGAAACUCUCGUAAAAGUCAUAUCGGCAGUGCUGAAAUUUUCGCCACAGCAGGCACAGGUUGCCCUGGAAAAGGAGCACCAGCGACGCUCACUACUUAACAAACUGAUUUAGCAAGAGUUGUUGGCAUCCUACGAUACUGGCAACU